UAUCAUUUAGCAUAAUGCUGAUCUACUUUAAUUCUGAGAAUUAAGUGAGAAAUAUUGAAAAGAUCUGGGUAAAGAUUUCCGGAAUAAUCAAGUCAGCCAAUGGAUUAUACGCGUUAAACAUUAGGACUAAAUACUAAAUAGUUGCACUGACCACGUUGACAAACCGGAAUUACAAAACAUUGUUUUAGCACGUUCUUAAAUUUUGCUUGUAAUCGCGAUCAAUUCCUCGACCUGCUACUGAUAGCUGAAGCUCGUCAACAAGUUGAUUUUCCUUUUUGUCUGCUUCUCAACAGAUCCUGAAGAUGAUUUUGAGGCCAGGUGGGGGUAACAGAUGGAAGACAAUCGAUCCACGAGUGUUCGGCUCGACGGAGGACAAGGAGGAAAAAUUAGCUUUUAAGAUCGUUCAGGGCUGGUUAGGAGAGAGAUAUGUACCGGAUGAUGGGGCCGAGCUGGGUUGGUUGGACGAUUUCAAAGAAUUCAGUGCUGACACAAGUGCUCACGGAGUCAAGUACGUCUUUCACGGAGACCAGAAGUUGAUUAAGAUUUUCUUCCUGAUCAUCUGGCUCGCUAGUAUCGGAUACGCUGUCUACGUCAUUGCCAUAUCUGCUAUCUCAUUCAUUGGCAAGCCGACAGGUGCGGAUACAGGAUAAAUAAAAUAAAAGUUCAGAAAUAAUGUUGAAUUUAAGGAUAGAAUAUAGCAGCACAACUUCGAAGUUUGAAGGGUUAAAAUAUAAAAUUACACUCAAAUUUAAUUUAAUUCUGUUAAUAGACCUAUUUUCAGGGACUAAGUUUCAAGUGAUCGCAAGUGAAGCAAACAACAAGGAUAGACAAAGACCAGCCUCGAUCUUAUUCCCAACCAUAUCUAUAUGCAGUCACAAUGUGGUAAGACCAAGUUUCAUUUCAGGUUAGGAAAAUUAACGAAUCUGCAGUGAAGCAAUAGAGAUCAGCCCUUAUCUCUGUUAACAGAGGUCGUGGGAAGUGAGUAGCAAAGAAUCCAACAAAAAGAUACCAAAAAUAAAAAAGUAAAAGUCAGAAGUAGAGGCCGUGGAAAUAAUUUUCAACGUUUCAUAUAAUUCAUCGCAGGUUUCACACCGUUGGUCUCAGACUAAAAAAGGGUUAGAGAAAAUUAUAAAUAAGCUGGACCAAUGGGACGAAAAGAUUACCAGAAGGAUUCCAUGGAAUAACCCCUCUUAUAGAAUGUGGAGGAAUGUUACAUACGAGAAAAUAAUAAGAGAGGCGGGUCCAGCUAACAGUACGUUUCUACAGUGCGAACAGAGCAUCAACAUUUGUAACGAUGAGAAGGUUUUGGGGAAAAUGUACUUUGAGCGGGAAGCAAGUAUCAGCGGGAACUGCUUCAGAGUGAACCCAGAAGGAAAGCUACGUGGAAAAGGUGGAGACUACGGCAAGAUGAGGCUUAUAUUCUUUGCAGAUCUGGACGAUUACAGCGAAUCAGCAAAACAGAACGCCCAGUAUGGUUACACGGUAGCAUUUCACGACCACGAGACCUACUCCAGCACUAUACCCUCCGGUUUCUUCAUGAGCCCCGGUAGUAUCUACAAGGUGGACCUAAGCAUGGUCAAGGAGUUUAGAGAACCCCCUCCAGCUGGGUCAUGUGAUCAGAGUCUGGUGGUUAACACUUACGGCAGAUACGAGGAAAACAGUUGUAUAGCCCAAUGUAGAGACUACGCACUGAUAAGAGAGUGUGGCUGUGUACUGAUAGUACCACCUUACCCUCAAAAUAACCCGGCUGUGGAGUACAAGGCAUGUACUCUAGAACAGUGGGCUAAAUGCGGCAUAAAACAGUACAAAAAGUGGGUUGCGAGAUACUCGGACGUGAGAAACCUGAACCCUAUCUGUAAUUGUCCGCCUCCCUGUAAAGAAACACAGUACACUGCCCAACUCUCCAGCUCCUCCCUCAAUAAAUACUACGCUCACAAAAAGGUGGACAGUUUACCAGCUGGUUACACUACAAAGGAGGAUGUUAUGGAUAACCUGCUGGUGAUAGAGAUAAUGUUCUCUAACAUGCAGGUUUCUGAGAUAAGGGAGAUAGUUACCUAUGGCUGGGGUAACUUCCUCGGUGAUGUAGGCGGAGUGCUGGGGCUGUUUCUUGGUUGCAGUGCCUUCACCAUCAUCGAAUUUGGGCAGUUCUUUGUUUUCGCUCUUGCCAAGUGGUGUUUCGACUACCAGGGCCCUAAAAGGUCCUCGAAAAAGUUUGAACAGAAAAAUGACAACUCAAAUGAUGCAACGAUAGAGAUGGAGCUGCCUAAAAACCUUCUGUCUCUUCAAAAUGGUCGAUCAUGA